AUGGUACGUCAGCUCCACGACGAUAUGAUGGCGCACGUCACGGACAACAGCACAAUCUACGAAGACUUCGUGGUGACUAAUGGAGUGAAGCAGGGCUGCGUCCUCCCAACCACCAUUUUCAGCCACAUGCUCUUUGCUAUGCUAAUGGACGCCUACCGUGAUGAACGCCCCGGGAUACGCAUCGCCUACAGAAUUGACAGGCAUCUUCUCAAAAGCUGGGGCAUGCAGGUCCGAAUGCGGCUAUCUACAACCACGGUCCACAAUGUGCCCUUCGCCGACGACUGCUCACCCAACACCUCGACCGAAGUGGACAUGCAACAGAGCAUGGAUCUCUUCGCCUCCAGCUGUGCCCACUUCGAACUGACCACCAAUACGAACCAAACGGUGUCCAUGCAUCAACCAUCACCGAACGCUGAACACAACUCUCCUCGGAUCACUGUCAACAGCAAGGGACUCAAAACCGUGGACAGCUUCGCUUAUUUAGGAAGCAGACUCUCGCGCAGCACAAGAAUAAACAACGUGGUUUUCCGUCGGCUCUCCAAAACCAGCCAAGCCUUUGACCGACCGCAAACCUCCGUGUAG